CCGGCCGCUGGGGGAGGAGGAGGGGAGCUGGCAGCCAGGGCAGCUCGGUGACGAGGCUGGCCAGCCAAACGGAGGUGGCUGCGCUGCCCGCUGCCCACGAUGGGGGGACAGAUCACCCGGAGUACCGUCCAAGACUCCAUUGGGGGCUCAUUCCCUGUCACCUCCCACCGAUGCCACCACAAGCAGAAGCACUGCCCUCCAGUGCUGUCUGGUGGUGGGCUUCCGGCUACACCAUUGCUCUUCCACCCACACACCAAGGGCUCCCAGAUCCUCAUGGACCUCAGCCACAAGGCCGUCAAGAGGCAGGCCAGCUUCUGCAAUGCCAUCACCUUCAGUAACCGCCCGGUCCUCAUCUACGAGCAAGUCAGGCUGAAGAUCAUCAAGAAGCAGUGCUGCUGGAGCGGGGCCCUGCGACUGGGCUUCACAAGCAAGGACCCAUCCCGCAUCCACCCUGACUCACUGCCCAAGUACGCCUGCCCUGACCUGGUGUCCCAGAGUGGCUUCUGGGCCAAAGCGCUACCUGAGGAGUUUGCCAAUGAGGGCAACAUCAUUGCCUUCUGGGUGGACAAGAAGGGCCGUGUCUUCUACCGCAUCAACGACUCCACUGCUAUGCUCUUCUUCAACGGGGUCCGCACGGCUGACCCACUCUGGGCCCUGGUGGACGUCUACGGCCUCACGCAGGGCGUCCAGCUGCUUGACAGCGAGCUGGUGCUCCCGGACUGCCUGCGGCCGCGCUCCUUCACCGCCCUGCGGCGGCCGUCGCUGCGGCGAGAGGCGGACGAGGCGCGACUCUCUGUGAGCCUGUGCGACCUCAACAUGCCGGGCGCCGACGGCGACGAGGGCGCGCCGGCCGCCGGCUGCCCCAUCCCGCAGAACUCGCUCAACUCGCAGCACAGCCGCGCGCUGCCCGCGCAGCUCGACGGCGACCUGCGCUUCCACGCGCUGCGCGCCGGUGCGCACGUCCGCAUCCUGGACGAGCAGACGGUGGCGCGCCUGGAGCACGGGCGCGACGAGCGCGCGCUCGUCUUCACCAGCCGGCCGGUGCGCGUGGCCGAGACCAUCUUCGUCAAGGUCACGCGCUCGGGCGGCGCGCGACCCGGCGCGCUCUCCUUCGGCGUCACCACGUGCGACCCUGGCACGCUGCGGCCAGCGGACCUGCCCUUCAGCCCCGAGGCCCUGGUGGACCGUAAGGAGUUCUGGGCCGUGUGCCGCGUGCCGGGGCCCCUGCACAGCGGCGACAUCCUGGGCCUGGUGGUCAAUGCCGACGGCGAGCUGCACCUCAGCCACAACGGCGCCGCCGCCGGCAUGCAGCUGUGCGUGGACGUCUCGCAGCCGCUCUGGAUGCUCUUCAGCCUGCACGGGGCUGUCACGCAGAUCCGCAUUCUCGGCUCCACUAUCCUGGCAGAGCGGGGCAUCCCAUCACUCCCCUGCUCUCCCGCCUCCACGCCGACUUCGCCCAGUGCCCUGGGCAGCCGCCUCUCUGACCCCCUGCUCAGCACGUGCAGCUCUGGAGCUCUGGGAAGCUCUACUGGUGGCACAACCCCCAACUCGCCAGUGAGCCUGCCUGAGUCACCCCUGACCCCAGGCACGGGCCAGUGGAGCGAUGAGUGUACCAUUUGCUAUGAGCAUGCGGUGGACACAGUCAUCUACACAUGUGGCCACAUGUGCCUCUGUUACGCCUGCGGCCUGCGCCUCAAGAAGGCUCUGCACGCCUGCUGCCCCAUCUGCCGCCGCCCCAUCAAGGACAUCAUCAAGACCUACCGCAGCUCCUAGCCCAGUGCCAUGCCCUGCCCCAUGCGCCCACCUCCUCAGACUGGCUCAGUUCCAGCUGAGGGGCAAGCCGACAGGGCCCUUCUCUUCUUCCUCUUUUUGGAAACUCUUUUCCCUUCUCCAUUAAACAUGGGAAACUGAGGCCCCUCAAGCUUUGGAGAGACAGAGGGGGUGUCAGGCAGGGAGGCGGGGGCAUAAGCAGAUUGCCUGGCAGAGGGGAGGGGAGGAGUCCCUAUCUUUCCCUUCUCUGCACCUGAUUUUUCCCCGCAUGCUGGGGGGUAAAUUGGAGUCUCGGCCUAUCCUAGUCUUGCCCCAUCUGGGGCCAGACUCUCGGAGGUCCCUGUAGUCUAUGUGGCAUCUUUGUGAGGAGUAAAAAACGCUCCCCUUCCUCUGGGCAGAUGUGCUUGGCUAGUGGAGUAUAGACUGCAUCUUAGCCUCCAUUUGCUGCUUCCGUCAGCUGCCCUUGAGCAGCGCACAACCUGCUCAGCAGCAGCUCUGGCAGGCAGCUCCUCAGCUGCUUUUUGCUCUCUCGCUUGUGCCACCUCCUUCUUCCUCUCUUCCCUGCUCUUUGGGCCUGGCAGCCAGGAGUCAGAGACCAGUGGAUGCCCUUCGCCCAUGGACAGGCUGCAGCCUCCAUGCCAAGUCUCUCUUCCACCCACCUAAGAUGGGUGGAUGUAUAGGCUGCAGAAGGCUCCCAGCUCUCUGUCCCUGGCCCCCUGGCCUGGCUGAGAUGGGGAGGCCCCUUCCUGGCUGUAGCCUUUCUGUCCCAAUCAUCUCACUGGCUGCCACUGCCCAGGGGUGGCUGUUUGGUAUGGGCUGGGGAGUGGGGUCCGUCCUCUGUUACGGUCUCCAAGAACAAGUUUGCAGCCACCUUCCCUGACCUGUUCUCCCACAUCUCAUUGCUGACCUGGGCUGAUGCUCAGGAUGGCUGUAGCAUCCCUGGGAGGGGGCCAGGGGCCUGGGUUGGUGGGGAGCUUCCCUGGGUAAGAUCGGCCUUUCCUCUUAUAUUUAUUUAUUUAUUAGGUUUGUGGGUUCUUUUGUUUUGUUUUUGUGGUUGAGUUCCCAUCACUGGGGCCCCUAGAAAUGCUGUCCUGGUGAGCAGGGGCCUCAGAAGUAUAGUUUUCAUUCAAAACCUUCCCCAGACUCCAGCCUCAAAGCCCACAGCUGGCCCUGCUCACUGUGAAUUGGAACUCCAGAAUGAAUUGGACUUAGAAGAAGGGGCCGAGUUGGGAGACCUCCUGAUGAAUUAUGUCCAUUUUAUAGAAGGGCACACAAAGCCCCUUUAGUGGAGUGACCUGGAGUUGGAGGGUCACUUGGACCCUCAAAGUGCCCUUCUUCCCUGGGCUGGAGCAGGGUCAUCAUGGGUUGGCUCAGAUGCAUGAGGGGAGCCCAGCUUGGGGCUAGGGAACAGGGCUCGGGGGGGCUUGUCAUGGCAGGACAAGGGGCUUAUUAGGAAAGACUCUCCAUCCUGGGAAGAUGAGAAGGAAAGGAGCCAGGCUCCCAACACCCUGGUUCUGGGGUGAGCGAAUGCCCCCCUACCCUUAGGGUACAGUCAUCUCAGCCCUGCCCGCCCUGUCCUGAUGGCUGAGGACUGGUUUCACCUCUUCCCCCUUACUGGCUUUUUUGUGCCCAUCAGAGAGUGCUUCUCCAUAUGACAGGCAGAGUGUGGGGCUGGUGGUCAGGUCACUAGGACUCUAGUCCUGGCCACUGACCAGCUGUGUGGCCCUGGCCAGUUCAGAGCCCUUUCAAGCCUCAGCUUCCACUUCUGUAAAAUGGUCAUGUGGGUGUCAGGCAGACUCUGGCAAGUUCUUUGGAGAGAGGCUGCAAUGGCAUGGUGCAACAGGAGAGCACUGGGUAGUGGCCCCGUCUGGCCAGGGGACCCACCUCAGAGGCAAAGAGAGAUCUCAAGAGGCAGGGGCUUUGUGGCCUGAGGGUCUGAAGAGGAAGCCAUGCGUCCCAUUAUCUCUGUUAGUGCGUGGAGGGGAGGGGGAGCAGCCCUGCCUCCCUUUGUGAAUUCCGGUCUCUGUGAUUGUGAAAUAAAGGUGAUUUCGUACCAGCCUGAGGGCUGUGUUG